AUGAGAGGAUACUUUGGCAUCAUGGGGUCGACAGACUGCUCAUGCAAUCUGAACGGGAACGGAGAGAAGGUGCACAUUGAAAACAAACAUUGCCUAUGGACACCACCAAGAACCGACAGUCCAAAGGCAGAACCAAUGUGGCACCUGAAUGUCAGUAUCUUGAAGAAUCAAGAAGCUCGAGGCGACGCUCCAAGCCGGUCAUUUGCUUUCAAGUCAAUGCAUCACUUGACCCACGCAGCCAAUCAACUCGAAGCCGCAUUUCGAGACUCGUUUGAGAUGAAGAAGUGCGGUGUUGAAACGCCGGAUGCGAUGGGAGGCAGAGUCAACGACGGCAGAACCGAGAAUGUCACGAUUGAAUUUGAUUCUGAGACUUCUAAUGAGAGUUGGAGCGACUUUCUGGCAAGACUUAAGGUCUUGGAAGACGAAUGGGAUCACGAACUCCAUCCAGAGCCGAUAAGUGUUCUAUAG